CUGCUCAACGUGGCCGCCGGUUACCUCUACGGCUUCGUGCUGGGCAUGGGGCUGAUGGUGCUCGGCGUCCUCGUCGGCACCCUGGUUGCCCACGUGGCCUGCAAGCGACUGUUGGCCCGCUGGGCACGGACCAGGAUCCAGGGCAGCGAGACCCUCAGUGCCAUCGUCCGAGUCGUGGAGGGCGGCAGUGGCCUCAAGGUGGUGGCUCUGGCGCGGCUGACGCCGAUCCCCUUCGGGCUGCAGAAUGCUGUCUUCGCGAUUACAGAUUUGUCACUACCCAACUACCUGAUGGCUUCUUCACUUGGGCUGCUUCCUACUCAGCUCCUUAACUCGUACUUGGGCACUACCUUGCGCACCAUGGAGGAUGUGAUUGCAGAGCAAAGUGUUAGUGGCUAUUUUAUAUUUGGUUUACAGAUUGUCAUAAGCAUAGGACUCAUGUUUUAUGUCGUUCACCGAGCUCAAGUGGAACUUAAUGCAGCUAUUGUAGCAUGUGAAAUGGAAAUGAAGACAUCGCUCGUUAAAGACAGUCAACCAAGCAUCAGUGGUUCUACCACAUACUGCAACAAAAGGACAGUAGCAUUCUCUGGAGGAGGUGUCAAUAUUGUGUGAUUUCAAGUGUUAAUAACUAAGUAAGGUUUUGUGAACCU